CUUUCUCUGCAAAUACUCACUCUUUCUUCUCUCAUCUUUCCAUUAUCGCAUUAUCAAUUAUCAAUCACUCACCAAUCUAGCUCCACUGGAAUCGAUCAACAAUGGUGGAUACCGUCACUAUCACUACUCUCGACGUCGAGGAGACUGAGCUGCGCCUCGGAUUGCCCGGCGCCGGCGACAAGAAGCGAGGUUUCGAGGAAACCGUCGAUUUGAAGCUGAAUCUCUCCUCCAAGGAUGCGCCUUCCGAUCAGGCUCAUUUUCAGGGGGAAAAUGUGACCGACGAUGCUAACACGAGCUCUGCCAAGCCUCCUGCUAAGGCGCAGGUGGUGGGGUGGCCGCCAGUCCGGUCGUUCCGUAAAAACGUGAUAGCAAGGAGCGCGGCGGAGGAGAGCGCCUUCGUGAAGGUGAGCAUGGACGGCGCGCCCUACCUAAGGAAAGUUGAUCUGAAGAUGUACAAGACUUACCAAGAGCUGUCAGAUGCAUUCGGCAAAAUGUUCAGUUCCUUCACUAUUGGUAAAUGUGACACUCAAGGAAUGUUGGACUUCAUGAACGAGAGUAAGCUGAUGGACCUUCUGAAUAGCUCUGAUUAUGUGCCUACUUAUGAAGACAAGGACGGGGAUUGGAUGCUUGUUGGAGACGUGCCGUGGGAGAUGUUUGUUGGAUCUUGCAAGCGCCUGCGUAUAAUGAAGGGAACUGAGGCAAAGGGACUCGCGCCGCGGGCGAUGGAGAAAUGCAAGAGAAGAAUCUGAGAGUGUAGAAAUUCAAAACCAGAAGCUGCUUCUUGGAUCUUAGCUGGCUGUGCCAAACAGAGAAGAUGGAUGGAGCAGGAUGCUGGAUUGUGUCUGUACUAUUGUUUGUUAUAUGCUUGCUUUUAUUUUAAUCAAGUUAAUAUCUUUCCACUUUUAUUAUACUCCUAUUUUGUUACUCUUGUGGUGAGACUUUGUUGUUCACAAUCUUUAGUUAAUGUGCCUCAAUAAUACCCCAUUUGACUUGUA